UCACAAAAACACCAACAUUAAGAAAUGAUCAGAAAAGAAGAGCAAAUUGAUUUAACAGAAUUUUAUAAUAAAGGCAACAAUUAGACGUUAGACUGGGUGUAACAUGAGUCAGGUUAAGGAUGAUGAUGAGAAAAAGAUUGAAGAAAUUGAAAAUGAAAGUUAAUUGUUUUGUAGGUCGACACAUCCAUUACGGAAAUCCUUUUCAGGAAAUUCUGACCCCGAACAAAUUAAUAAGAUACCUUUGGGUAGGUAUAUCUCAUCAUUAUUGACACAAUGAAAAACUUUGAACAAUCAAAGUUAACGCUUUAACAAAAUUUAGUUCAAAAUAAACACUCACACGAAUUUUUGAUAUCUUUAUAUAAGAAUUAAAAUGAUUCCAUUAAUUGUCAGACUGUUUCUUUACUCGGUAGUGAUUAGACAGUUAAAUUAAACUUACAACUUGUUAGUUGAAUCUUUUCUUUUCGUGUUAAAUCUUUAGUGUAAAACCAAUUGUUCACUCUCGUUGAAACCAUGGGAUUACCUAUGUUCACCUGCUUAGCUCUAUUUGGCUGUGUUACAGUUAUUUCUGGUCGAUUCAUUUUCCCAUUGACUCCAGUGGAAACUUCAACCGGACUUGCAGCUGAUUUUUAUGUUCGUGCUAAACCAUUGGAAUCAUCUGCAUCUAAAGAUGAUCUUGAAUCAUCCCAUGCUUCACCAGUUGGAACUCGAGUCUCUGGAAAAUCUUAUGAAAGAAUCCAGGAAGCUACUUAUCAGCCUGCUGAGCCUUACAACUUUGGUUAUGAUGUACGAGAUGAUUAUGGUAACCGUCAAUAUCGUAAAGAAGAGUCAAAUGCUGCUGGAACCGUUCGAGGUUCAUAUGGUUACACCGAUGCCAAUGGACUUUUCCGUAUUGUUGAAUACAUUGCUGACGUAAAUGGAUUCCGUGCUAAUAUUAAAACAAAUGAACCUGGAACUGGUGCUCAACAAGCUGCUGAUAUCGUUUUAGCCCAUGAAAACCCACCAAGAGGUGUUGUUGAAGCAGCAUCAGCUCCAAAGCCUGUAACUGAAGAGCCACCCAAGGAAAUAAUCAACAAACAAAGUGAAUCAACUGUACGAACCUAUGAAAGGUUUAACCGACCCUCAGUUGAAUCUUCUUACCUAUACAGAACAGCCUUACCUUUACCCUCAACUCCAUCUUCAUCUUCAGUCUCUUCAUCAACAUCUUCAUCAUCAUCCUCAUCAUCUUCCGAUGAAAUUGAAAAGGAACGCCAACAAUAAUCAUUAUUACAGCUAUCAUAAUUUACGACUCAAUUGUAGCCUGAACAUUGAUGAUUUAAUGUUAACUCUGGCAAAUGUUAAAAUAUCAUUAGUUUUAUCAUAAUAAUUAAAUUGAUUGUUAGUUGGUUAAGCUAAAGCUAAACUGAUUACACUUUACCAUUAGAA